CCCAUGAUUUUCGCUUAACGUCUUCUCUCUCUCAAAAAAAAAAAAACCAUCGUUGAACACAUCAAUCAAAUCAAAUCUCUCCCUAACAAAUCAAUUACAAAAUUAUCCAUCGUCGAGAUCAUAAUCAAGUGGUCUCUCGAAUUCACGCUUCUUAUGAUCUGAGAUCGGGCAUUGUUCUCUCUUUUGGAUUCAGCGCCGCAGUUCAAUGGCGUGAAACGUCAAAGUCAUCAUGGCUCCUACCAAAAACUCAGAAUCUUCUCCACAGGUGCAGCCACCACCAAAACAACAACAGAAUCAACAGCAGCAGAAUAACUAUCCUCUUCAUGAACAAGACCUGGAGACUCUUGGUGACACCUGCAGCAUUCCACAGCCUGGAAGCGCAGACUCGCGUUCCCAUGGUGGCAACACGGUAUUCAAGACUGGACCGCUUUCUAUUUCAUCCAAAGGGCUUGGGUGGACAUCUUGGAAGAAAAGAUGGUUUAUCUUGACGCGUACUUCUCUUGUUUUCUUUCGGAGUGAUCCGAGCGCAGUCCAACAGAGGGGCGGUGAGGUUAAUUUAACCCUUGGGGGAAUUGAUCUCAACAAUUCAGGCAGUGUGGUUGUGAAGGCAGAUAAAAAGCUGUUGACUGUUCUCUUCCCUGAUGGUCGUGAUGGACGCGCCUUUACACUCAAGGCCGACACUAUGGAGGAUCUACAGGAGUGGAAAGUUGCUUUAGAAAGCGCUUUGACUCAAGCACCUAAUGCUUCUCAUGUUAUGGGUCAAAAUGGUAUCUUCACAAAUGAUCAUGCAGAUGCCCCUGUCAGUGUUGAAGAACAGAAAGUUGAAACACCAACAAGAUCAACUGUCAUCGGAAGACCAGUUUUACUUGCGCUAGAAGAUGUUGAUGGAUCCCCAUCUUUCUUGGAAAAGGCCCUUAGAUUUGUUGAAGAUCAUGGAAUCAAUGUAGAAGGAAUCUUGAGACAAGCUGCUGAUGUUGAUGAUGUUGAACAUCGGAUUCGUGAAUAUGAGCAAGGGAAAAAUGAGUUCACUCCCACGGAGGAUGCUCAUGUUAUUGCUGAUUGUCUUAAGUAUGUUCUCAGAGAGUUGCCUUCCUCUCCGGUGCCUGCAUCUUGUUGCAACGCCCUUCUGGAAGCUUGCCGCACUGACCGUGGCAAUAGAGUCAAUGCUAUGCGGGAAGCAAUUUGUGAAUCAUUCCCUGAACCAAAUCGACGCCUUUUGCAAAGAAUCCUGACGAUGAUGCAAGUAGUGGCCUCUAACAAAAAUGUGAACCGGAUGAACACGAAUGCUGUUGCAGCGUGUAUGGCACCUUUACUUCUUCGACCUCUUCUCGCUGGCGACUGUGAAAUUGAAAAUGAUUUUGAUGUCGGCGGUGAUGGUUCUAUGCAACUCCUGCAAGCAGCGGCCGCAGCGAAUCAUGCCCAGGCUAUAGUGAUAACACUGUUAGAAGAAUAUGCCAGCAUAUUUGGAGAAGGUUCCUUAUCGCCUGGCUUGUACUCUGACUCAGAAGAGAGUGGUAGUGGAACGGAUGAGGGAACAGAUGAUGAAGAGUAUGACGAUGACGACGAUGAAUAUGAUGGCACACAGGGAUCUGAUGACUACACAGAUGAGGAAGAGGACCUUAAAAAUGAAUCAAACGGAUUAUACAGUGAGAGUGCCGCCUCGGAGGACAAUCAUGUGGAUGACAUUGAUCAUGAUGACCAUAAGGCACGGUCAUAUACUAAGAUAAAUGAUAAUUUAAGCUCUGAAUCCAAAACCCCAAAAGGAACUACGGAGCGCCAACUUACUAAGAAGCUAUCAUCUGGCUCUAACCGAUCUUCACUACCAAGGCAUGAUGAUGCAAAAAAGGAUGAAAGUAUCCUGGUUAAAGGUGCUGAUAAUGCAGAGGUAAAGGCUGUUGUAGAGGACUCAACAACUGAAGAUAAAAGCUUAUCAACAUCAGAUUUGGCAUCUGCCAUUAAGAAACCUUCUACAUUAUCCAGUCCACCAGGUGGAAGUAAUAAGCGCUGGGGCCGUACCCCUGGGAAGAAAAACCUUCCGAUGGAGUCUAUUGAUUUUGCAGCGGAGGUGGAGGUGGACGAGGACGAUGCUGACAUUGAAAGACUUGAGUCAACCAAAUCGGAGCUACAAAACAGUAUUUCAGAGGAGGUUAAAAACAAUGCAGCUCUACAGGCUAGUUUGGAGCGACGGAAGAAAGCUUUAUACGUGCGGCGUGAAGCACUAGAAAAAGAUGUGGGAAGACUACAAGAACAGUUGCAGCAAGAGAGAAAUAAGAAAUCUGCUUUAGAAGCAGGACUGAAGAUGUCAAAAGGGAAUCAACCUAUUCUAGAAAUAACAGAUGAAAAGUUGAAGAAAGAUCUGCAAGACGUAGCUCAGGCGGAGGCUGAUAUUGCCAACUUGGAACACAAGGUUGAUGAUCUUGAAAAUAGACUUAGUCAACAGGACGUAAAAGCCUCUGGUUCAACUCAUGGUGCUAGCAAAGAAUCUCGGAAAACUCCAGAGCACAAUACAAAAAUAAAGGAGAAACAAAAGGAUACUGAAGCAGCUUCUACUCACGUAUCCGAAAGGUCAUCGCUCAAGAUCCGUAACAUUUUGCAGGUUGAACAAGGGUCUGCAAGAGAAAAUGAGAUAGAGAAGCAAAAAGAUCCACGGAGCAAAAGCUCGCAACAAGAAACGUCACGUGGCAGCUCAAAGCUUGCGGGCAUGUCAAAGAGGUCUGGCAGAAAGGGAGAGGGAAACACAACAACUUCUGCACUUUCCAAAUUGUCAAUUCGACUCAACUUCCUAAAGGAGAGACGAAGUCAGAUCGCGAGCGAGCUCUCAAACAUGGACAAUGGAAAAAGCACAGGGCAACCCAGUCCGUCCUCGGUGCAAAACCAAAGUUUGCAGGAAACUGAAAGAGAAACAGGAUCAAACCAGAACCAGAGCCAGGAGUGGCAGAGCAGCAAACUCCAUAGCCAGCAUGUUCUUGACAGAGGAAGAUCUGAGAACGGAGGAGAGAGAGGCAGAGGAGGAUCUGGAGGAAACCAACCCAGCACAACACCAAGGACCUUCUCCAGAUAAUCUCUUUAGCUGCAUAUUAACCUCAACUUCCACAAAUGUACAGCCACCAUAUACAACUCCAGGUCCAUUUAUAUGCUUAUUCUUCAACCCAAAACAACAAAUAACAUAUUCAUUCUUUUUAGUCUC